CGGCAGCAGGGGACGGAGGGCAGAGAGCGCAGCGGAGCGCACGGCAGAGCGCACGGCACGGCACGGCACGGCACGGCACCGCCCCGCACCCCCGGACCGCAGCCGGACGCACGGCGCGUGCUGUGGAGCGAUCCCGGUGUGCAGGAUAAACCCACUCGACCACCAGCUGCCCCCCCCCAAACCCCCCGCCCCCCCUCUCUGGGGGAACCGCGCUACUGCGGGGACGCGCAAAUGUGAGCGCGACGCAGAGACUCAGGUGCAGAGAAGCGGACUGGCGGCGCUCCGAGGAUGCAGAAGUCUCCGGUGGAAGAUGCAAACUUCCUCUCCAAGUUCUUUUUCUGGUGGACGUCCCCGCUCCUGAGGAAAGGCUUCAGGAAGAAGUUGGAGCUGUCUGAUGUGUACAAGGCUCCUUCUUUUGACCUGGCUGACAACCUCUCUGAGAGGUUAGAAAGAGAAUGGGACAGGGAGGUGGCGUCGGCCCGGAACAAGCCCCGGCUGCUCCGGGCGCUGGCCCGAUGCUUCUUCGCACCCUUCGCCUUCUUCGGCGUGCUGCUCUACUUCGGGGAGGCCUCCAAGACGGUGCAGCCGCAGCUGCUGGGCCGGAUCAUCGCCUCCUUCGACCCGUUCCACGCCCCCGAGCGCAGCCAGGGCUACUACCUGGCCCUGGGCCUGUGCCUGCUCUUCACCGCGCGCUUCCUGCUGCUGCAGCCCGCCAUCUUCGGCCUGCAUCACCUGGGCAUGCAGAUCCGCAUCGCGCUCUUCAGCCUCAUAUACAAGAAGACGCUGAAGCUGUCCAGCCGAGUCCUGGAUAAGAUCAGCACGGGUCAGCUGGUCAGCCUCAUGUCUGCACACCUCAACAAGCUGGACGAGAGUCUGGGUCUGGCCCACUUCGUGUGGAUCACCCCCCUGCAGUGUAUCCUCUGCACGGGCCUCCUCUGGGAGCUGAUCGAGGUGAAUAGCUUCUGCACCUUGGCUUCUCUGACUCUGCUGGGCAUCGUCCAGGCCUGGCUCUCUCAGAAGAUGGGACCUCACAGGGUGAAGCGAGCGGGGAUGAUCAACCGCCGCCUGGCACUCACCUCAGAGAUCGUGGAGAACAUCCACUCUGUGAAGGCGUACGGCUGGGAGGAGGUGAUGGAGACCAUCAUCAAGAACAUCAGGCAAGACGAGGUGACGCUGACGAGGAAGAUCGGCUCUCUGCGCUACUACUACAGCGCCGCCUACUUCUUCUCCGCCAUCCUGGUCAUCGUGUCGGCCAUCGUGCCGCACGCGCUCAGCAGAGGCAUCAUCCUGCGUCGGAUUUUCACCACCGCCUCCUACUGCAUGGUGCUGCGAAUGACAGUCACCCGCCAGCUGCCCGGCUCCAUCCAGAUGUGGUACGACACGCUGGCGCUGGUCAAGAAGAUCGAGGAGUUCUUGAUGAAAGAAGAGUUCAGAGCUCUGGAGUACAACCUGACCACCACCGAGCUGGAACUGGUCAACGUGUCUGCUUCCUGGGACGAGGGUAUCGGUGAGCUCUUUGAGAAGAUCAAGCAGGAGAACAAAGCUAACGGGCACCCCAACGGAGACGCAGGACUCUUCUUCACCAACCUCUACGUCACCCCCGUCCUGAGGAACAUCAGCCUGUACCUGGAGAAGGGCCAGAUGCUGGCGGUGGCUGGAUCCACGGGCUCUGGGAAGAGCUCCCUGCUCAUGAUGAUCCUGGGAGAGUUGGUUCCAUCGGAGGGUAAAAUCAGACACAGCGGACGUAUUUCCUUCUCGCCGCAGACGGCCUGGGUCCUUCCUGGGACAAUUCGCGACAACAUCUUGUUUGGUCUGACCUACGACGAGUACCGCUACACCUCCAUCAUCAAAGCCUGCCAGCUGGAGGAGGAUUUUGGACAGCUGCCUGAGAAGGACAAGACUCUCCUGCUGGAAGGAGGCGUGACCCUCAGCGGAGGUCAAAGGGCACGUCUGGGACUGGCCAGGGCUUUAUAUAAGGAUGCAGACCUCUACCUGCUGGAUGCACCUUUCACCCACCUGGACAUCGCCACGGAGAAAGAGAUCUUUGAGCAGUGUAUCUGUAAACUCAUGGCCUCCAAGAGUCGUGUUGUUGUCACCAGCAAGCUGGAGCAUCUCAAACGGGCCGACAAGAUCCUGCUGCUGCACAACGGAGACUGCUACUUCUACGGCACGUUCUCCGAGCUGCAGGCCAAGCGGCCCGACUUCAGCUCGCUCCUCCUCGGCCUUGAGGCGUACGACAACAUCAACGCCGAGCGCCGCAGCUCCAUCCUCACCGAGACCCUGCGCAGGGUCUCCGUCGACGAGACAGCCGGCUUCCGGGGGCCGGAGCCCGUCCGCCAGUCGUUCCGCCACGUGCCUCCGCCGGUCAUCGGCUCCGGAGCUCCCGGUCACCCCACGGGCGACGCCCACCCUGAGAAACGCAAACAUUCGCUCAUCCUCAACCCUCUGGCCGCCGCCCGCAAGUUCUCCUUCAUCGGGAACUCGCAGCCAGCCCCCAGCGGUCAGCCAUCCUCCAUGGAGGACGGGGUGCACGACCUCUCGGAGAGGAGGUUCUCCGUGGUGCCGGAAGACGAGCAGGUGGAGGAAGUGCUGCCCAGGGGCAACCUGUACCACCACGGCCUGCCGCAGCUCCACGGCCAGCGCCGCCAGUCCGUGCUGGCCUUCAUCACCAACGCCCAGGGCCAGGAGCGGCGCGACCAGAUGCAGUCAUCCUUCAGGAGGAAGCUGUCCAUCACGCCGCAGUGCGACCUGGCGUCGGAGCUGGACAUCUACGCCCGCCGCCUGUCCAAGGACAGCGUGUACGACAUCAGUGAGGAGGUGGACGAAGAAGACAUGGAGCAAUGCUUCGCCGAUGACCGAGAGAACGUCUUUGAAACCACCUCGUGGAGCACUUACCUGCGCUACGUCACCACCAACAGGAGCCUGGUCUACGUCCUCGUCUUCAUCCUCAUCGUCUUCGCCAUCGAGGUUGCCGGUUCUGUCAUUGGCAUCUUCCUCAUCACAGACACCAUCUGGAGGGAUGGACUCAACCCCGCCUCGCCCAACUACAUCAGCGAGCAGCACCCCAACGCGUCCUCCACCCCCGUCCACCUGGCCGUCAUCGUCACGCCCACCAGCGCCUACUACAUCAUCUACAUCUACGUGGCCACAUCGGAGAGUGUGCUGGCCCUGGGGGUGUUCCGGGGGCUGCCGCUGGUGCACACGCUACUCACCGUGUCCAAGCGGCUGCACGAGCAGAUGCUGAGCGCCGUGCUGCGGGCCCCCAUGGCCGUGCUCAACGCCAUGAAGACAGGUCGGAUCAUGAACAGAUUCACCAAGGACAUGGCCACCAUCGACGACAUGCUGCCCCUGGUGCUGUUCGACCUCAUACAGCUCACGCUGAUCGUCACUGGUGCCAUCUUCACCGUGUCCAUCAUGCGGCCGUACAUCUUUAUCGCCGCCAUCCCUCUAGCCAUCAUCUUCGUCAUCCUCAGGAAGUACUUCCUCCGAACUGGGCAGCAGCUGAAGCUGCUGGAGGCUGAGGCUCGCACGCCCAUCUUCUCCCACCUCAUCAUCUCCCUGAAGGGCCUGUGGACCAUCCGGGCGUUCGGCCGCCAGACCUACUUCGAGAUGCUGUUCCACAAGGCCCUGAACACCCACACGGCCACCUGGUUCCACUACCUGGCCACGCUGCGCUGGUUCCUCUUCCGCUGCGACAUGAUCUUCGUGCUCUUCUUCAGCGCCGCCGCCUUCAUCGCCGUGGGAACCAACCAGGAUAAACCGGGGGAGAUCGGCAUCAUCGUGGCCCUGGCUAUGCUCAUCUUGGGGACUUUCCAGUGGGCCGUGAUCACCAGCAUCACUGUGGACGGGCUGAUGCGUUCGGUGGAUCGAGUCUUCAAGUUCAUCGACCUGCCACCCGAGGAGCCGCUGCCCAAGAAGUCUGGGGGUAAAGGCGCCGACCUGGUCAUCGACAACCCGCACGCCCACGACUGCUGGCCCAACCGGGGCCAGAUGGACGUGCGGGGCCUGACAGUGAAAUACACCGAAGCCGGCCGGGCCGUGCUCAGCAACAUCUCCUUCAGCGUGGAUGGAGGCCAGAGCGUGGGCCUUCUGGGCCGGACCGGCUCGGGGAAGAGCACCCUGCUGUCCGCUCUGCUGCGGCUCGCCUCCACCGACGGGGAAAUCUCCAUCGAUGGCGUUUCCUGGAGCUCCGUCUCACUGCACACCUGGAGGAAGGCGUUCGGGGUGGUGCCACAGCGAAUUUUCAUUCUGACUGGAACUUUCCGUAUGAACCUGGACCCGUAUGGACGCUACAGCGACGAGGAGCUGUGGAGGGUCACCGACGAGGUGGGUCUGAAGUCGGUGAUCGAGCAGUUCCCGGACAAGCUGGACUUCCAGCUGGAGGACGGCGGCAGCGUCCUGAGCAACGGACACAAGCAGCUGCUGUGUCUGGCUCGCUCCAUCCUCAGCAAGGCGCGGAUCCUGCUGCUGGACGAGCCCUCGGCCUACCUCGACCCCAUAACUCUGCAGGUCCUGAGGAAAACACUGAAGCAGUCGUUCUCCGGCUGCACCGUCAUUCUGUCAGAGCACCGGGUGGAGCCGCUGCUGGAGUGCCAGUCCUUCCUGAUGAUCGAGGACAGCUCCAUGAAAUGCUACGACAGCAUCCAGAAGCUGAUGAAUGAGACCAGCCACCUCAAGCAGGCCAUGAGCCCGGCCGACAGGCUCCGCCUCUUCCCCUCGCUGCACCGCCUCAACUCCGCCAAGAGGGCGCCGCCGCCCAGCGCCAAGAUCGCCGCCCUGCAGGAGGAGGCCGAGGACGACGUGCACGACACCCGGCUGUGACACACACACACACACACACACACACACACACACACAAACACACACACACACACAGUCCUAUCCUCCAUGUGUAUGCACUUUAGAGCCCUGGUACUCCGCAGCUCUCCGAGCAGGCCCACUGAUUUCACACUGAAUAAAAACAUUAAACAAACCGUUGUCAGAUCUUCCUGAAAAUAAUGUGUCGAUGUUCAAAUUAGAUUCUCAGCUUUGAUUUCUCAGCCUUCUUUUUUAAAUGUGGCGCAUCGUCGGGGAAGCCAGCUGUCGCUCGGUAACGUUUAGCUUCUCGAUGUUUCGUCUUCUGGGAAACAUUUAGGCUCUUCUAAUGUUAGAAACCGCUCUGUCCAAUAGUUUUGUAUAGCACUGAUGCAGAAUAUAUAUGAAGGUACUGCAGAGACAUGUCUUCACUGUGAUAACAGAUGCUGUGGUGUUUUUGUUUUGUUUCCUCUUUUUUUACAGUGUAAAUUAAGAACAAAGCUUGUAGGAAAUGGAUGAAAUCCUCCCUAGCAAAAAAAAAAAAAAAUCUGUAAAAGUAUUUGUUAAAUCAUUUUUGUUUCCAGAAAAAGUAAAGAUUUUGAGGAUUUAA